AUGGAUGAUCCCAGCACGCCGCUCAUUGGACGGUUUGGCCACUGCAGUCAGGAGCUGGUCAACCUAAUGCUGAUAGGGGAGGCCACCUCGAACGUCUUCGAUGGUACGAGAUGGCUAGGAGACGAUCCUUCCAGUGGAUUCUUGGUCAGGGGCGUUGACAGCGAGCGGGUGGGCCUGCCGCCGAUUGGCUUCCUGAGCGAGCUGGAGCCCAUGAGAUACCUUUCAGUGGGACUGCUUUACAAGAAUCCCGAUUUCCCUAUCUGGGUGCUGGGAUCUCCGACACACUACACGAUGAUCUUCUCUGCAGACCGGUCCGACUCGCAGCUUAGCGACGAGGCAAGCCUGGAGCAGCAAGUGAGGAAAGUCUUCGUCGAGAAUUCCAUCGAUGAAGGCGGGGCUUCCCCACAGCUAAGUGACUGCUAA